UCAUUCUCGUCUCUCUCUCGCGUCUCUCUCUCCCUCGGUCCCGCCCGCCACCGGCCACUCCCGCCGCGCCCGCCCCCGCCGCACCCGCCGCGGCCGUCGAUCCAUCAGGUCGCAGCCUCGUCUGAUUUGGUACGGAUUUUGGCAAGAUACCACGUCCCUAACUCCGCUGUUUCAAGGAUAACAAAGAUGGCGUCGCCGCGGGGCGGGUUCGAUGAGCAAGAUCGCCGGACAGAGAAGGGCACCGAGGUGUUCGUCGGCGGGCUGCCGUGGUCGGCCACAGAAAGCAUGCUCAGACAGGGAUAUGGUUUUGUGCGGUUUGCAAAGAGGGAUUAUGCUAAUACUGCCAAAAGGCAAAAGAAUGGUAUUGAGCUUCAAGGAAAGAGGCUUGUGUUUGAGCUUUCAAUGGAUCAAGAUACAGUUUUCUUUGGAAAUCUUUGCAAAGAGUGGACUUUAGAAGAAUUUGAAGAAUUGAUUCACAAGGCAUUCAAAGAUGUUGUUUCAGUUGACCUUGCAAUGGCUUCAAAUCUUGAUUCUUCAAACAAGAAGAAUAUCAAUCGAGGCUUUGGAUUUGUGAGAUUUUCUUCUCAUGCAGUAUUUGCCAAAUAUUAUUGCCUCUUCCUAUGCCCCCGCCCGCCCCGGCCUCGCCUGCCGCUCCCGCCCCCGCCCCCGCCCACUGCUCUGCUGGCGUGGCCGCCCCUGUCCCCGCCCGCCGCGACCAACCCCGCCCCCGCGAUAAAAACAUACCCUCUCCAUCCUCUCCUCUUUUCUUCUUCCUCUCCUCUUCUUCCUCCUCCCGUAGCGGCUUCCCCCGAUUUCCCCCGAUAUUGUCUCUUAUUAGUACUGGAUGAUGAGAUGUGUCUUAUUAUGACUAUGGAUGAGACUUUUGUGAUGUAAUUGAUGAGACUAUGGAUUUAAAUAUUGUUAUCUGAUUAUGUGUGAGAUGUUUUAUGUGAAAAUAUGUUGUGCUA